GCUAAGAGUACUACUGAUGCAGAGAUGAUGGUAAGGCAGAUCACUCAUCAAGAUAACUAGAGGAGUUUGUGCAACAAGAACUAUUGCUUUCAGUUGCAAAAUGGCUCUUGAUAUCCAAAGAAGACAGAUUUAUUUAUUGCUUGUUCUAAUUCUGUGGUGGUCUGGAGAAGCCAUCUCAUGGACCCCCUGUGGCUACCUCGACCACCCAGAAGGCCACAUGGUCCACACAACGAAUACUCCAUGGCUCAAGAUAGUGCAAACAAGCAACAAGAGAUCUAUGCUACAAUGUGUCUGCCCUCAGGGGAACAGAGACAAGACUGCUCAUCUAUUACUGACUGGACCUGCUCAAGAGACUGAGGAAAUUGAUCUAAAUCUUUUUGGAGUGUGCAGCAAGAUUGGAUGUUGGUGGAACCCAUUGGAGUACUUGACUCUGCCCUCAGGGGCUACACUACAAGGAGGAGGGCUAUUCGAGCAUGCCCAAUACGAUGGAUUUGUUCGUGUACAUACCAUCGACAAAGGAGGUGGCCAAGGAGUGGACAAACAUGAAGAAUGGGUUAAUAUAACAGUUUCAAUGUCUGCUAAUCACACAAAGAGUCUGUUGAUUAAUACGACACACUCCUUGGCUUUUGAUCGAGCGUCGUGUUUGAGUGCUGCCCCAGGCAACUCUCUUGUACUGUCUGUCAGGCCUUUGUCCUCUUUGGCUAAGCCCACUAAUGAUAUUCAUGACCAUAUUGUUGACUCCCCUCUGUUGACCUCACCUGCCACAUCUCAAAUUAGCCAUGGUCACUUACGGACGCUUCGUCAAGUAUCCAACACCCCCCCUCGAUUUAAUACACUUUUUUACUCGGAGCUACUGUACGAGAAUAACGAGCCUGGUGUUACCGUGGGAACGGUCAUCGCUAAUGAUCCAGACGUGGGAAUUGAAGGUGAAGUUACAUACUCGCUGGUUGCUAGCGGCGAUGAGAGCGUACUGUCACUGUUUGAGAUCCACUCUCAACAUGGAGACAUUACAGUGACCGCGAUGUUGGAUCACGAGACCACCUCCGUCUUAACCUUCCGAGUACGAGCAGAAGACGGUGGUGGGAAGAGUGCCGUGUCCACGUUCACUCUAACCGUCCAAGAUCUGAACGACAAUCCACCCACCUUCCAACAGGGCACCUACUUCAUCCAGCCAGUCAGUGAAAACACUCAGGUGUCGUCGGAUAUUCUCCAGAUGUUGGUGAUUGAUGAAGACAGUGGGUCCAAUGGUCAAGUCACUUUCACCAUUCUCAACGACCCUGACAACACGUUUAGUCUUCUCCAGACUGGCAACCAGGCUACACUCACACUAAGAGCACAACUAGACUAUGAGACGACCCCCCACUAUCAACUGACUAUUCUAGCUCAUGAUGGCGGCAAUCCUGUACUGAGUAGCUCAGCAACGGUAGAGAUACGAGUAACUGAUGAAGCCGACUCCCUCCCUGUGUUCAAUGCCUCCUCGUACUCUGUCACACUGCCUGAAGACACGCCCCCUAUUGCGUACCUGGUUACCGUGGAAGCUGUUAGCAAUGACUCACCUCCGCUGGCUGCAUUGGAGUACUUCAUAGUGGAUGGGGAUUACGACGGGAGGUUCAGUAUUGAUCAGACGACUGGCCACUUGUCACUAGUGGCCACACUGGACUAUGAGACUACUCAAGUCUACAGCCUCAUAGUGCAAGCACAUUCAACUGUCAACCCAUCUCUGCGCUCAUUUGUCAGCGUACAUGUUACCGUCGGCAACGUAAACGACCACGCCCCUUUGUUUAGCCGCUCACAAUAUACCGUAUCAGUCCUCGAGAGUGUUGCCGUACCGUCCCAAGUUGUCACGGUAACAGCGGACGAUUUAGACCUUGGAGAAUUCGGCCAUAUAUCAUAUUCUCUUAACUCUACCGCAGAGCCUAGUAUACUGACUAUGUUUGCCAUCGAUUCUGUCACUGGAGUUGUUUCUACACGGACAACAUUGGAUAGAGAGGUGAGAGACGUAUACACGUUCACUGUGGAGGCUCGUGAUGGUGGAGCGUCCCCUCGUGUGAGUCGUGUUACAGUUGUGAUACGUGUGACAGAUGUGAACGACGAGCAUCCCGUGUUUAACCAGUCAGCGUACACUGGGCUUAUACUAGAGAACGAGCCCGCGGGGUCAGAGGUCACCCAAGUGCUUGCCAGUGACAGUGACUCGGGAUCAUCCUCCAUAGAAUAUUACAUUCAGUCUGGUAACCAUGGCAAUGCGUUCGCUAUGGGAACAUUUAAUGGUUUAAUAACGAGUAGAAUUCGUCUCGAUCGGGAGCAGAGAUCGGAAUACACGCUGGUCGUCAUAGCAACGGAUCUACAAUUCGAGAGCCUUCCAACACUAGUAUACAUCAAUGUGACGGACGAAAACGAUGAGAGGCCAUUGUUUCAUAAUACCUUCUAUACACCGCUUCCUGUGUCAGAGGCAGCUCCGGUUGGAACCCAACUACUCACAGUGCUAGCAACAGAUCGCGAUAUCGGUAGCAAUGCCCUUAUCAGCUACACCUCACCUGAUAUCCACUCGUCCUUCACUAUUGACCUCAUGACUGGUACCAUCAGUAUAGCGCGCACACUCGACUAUGAGACUCCUCCUAAUAUAUACGCAUUUACAAUAGAGGCCAGUGACGGGGGACAGCCCCCACUUAGCUCAAGUGCUCGUGUGGAAAUUGCAGUGACGGAUGAAAACGACAAUCGCCCGAUUUUUGAGGGGAGCUUAUCUUCAGUGACUGUUUUGGAGAAUCAAGCAUCUCACACGUCUGUAUUGCAACUGUCUGCAUGUGAUGCUGACACUGGAUCGAACUCUGACCUUGUGUGGGGUGUGGUGGGCGAGAGUGCGGCUGUGGGCGUGUUUGGAGUGUACGAUAAUGGACUUGUUUACACUUUGACCUCUCUGGAUCGCGAGAGGAGAGACCAUUAUGAGGUGGUGGUGCAUGUGUCCGACAGAGGGGAGGAGCCUCUUGGUAACGAUAUAACCAUCAGCGUUGCCGUCGGUGAUGAAAUAGACUAUCCUCCAAUAUUCAGCGAACUUAUAUACAAUGUACGUGUUACCGUGGAAACACCAGCAAACUCUGAACUUUUAACGGUCCAAGCGACCUCCAGUGACCUUGAAUCUUCUAUUCUCUAUGACAUCACAAGCGGAGAUCGAACUUUGUUUAGUAUCAACCAGGAAACGGGGGUGAUAGUUACCACGACAACGCUGGACCCCAUACGGGAUGAACGAGAAUACGUGUUACAAGUCACAGCUCAGCAUUUUCACCUGUCGAGGGCGGUACCGGUUGUCAUAGCGAUUAUAAGAGACGAUGGAAUUCCAAGAUUGGAACCACUCACUAUUUAUUUCAAUGUAUUUGAAUCUCAAAUUAGCAAACUGAACUUUAUUGGCCGAGUGGCUAUUACAGAACAAGAGGAGGGGGUACCAUACGUAUUCUCAUUAGCGAACUCUGACCCUUGUGUUCGUCGUUAUUUCUCUAUAUCUGAGGACGGUGGGGAGAUUAUUGUUAGUCGUGGAGUAGUGUCGAGUGUGUACAGUCUCAACGUGAGUGUGUCGGCCUGGGGCAAUGCUACAGGACAUGGGCUGGUUUUGGUGUACGUUAAUGUGUUGUCUAAUCUCACGCUGAGUAAUGGAGUGGUUGCAUCAUUUGUCGGUGUGACCGAGGCAAGUUUUGUGUCUUUGCAACUCGAACAGUUUGCAAGUUUUGUUGCCGCAUCUUUAUCGUGCGGUCGAGAGAAGAUUGAGACGUUUGGAUUAAUGGAGGCUGGAGAGAGGGACACUAUAGUGCUAGCCUUUGCCGUACGGGACACCACUGGCCUCGGGUAUAUCGAACAAGAUGUUGUUAUUGACCGGCUAUCGUCUAAUCAACAUAAUUCUAGACUCUCCACUCUGGUUGGGUACACGAAUAACGUGUGUGCAGACGAACCUUGCCCCAAUCUACAACUCUGCCGACCUGUGAUUACAAUGACUACUUACAGGCCAUCUGGGAUCCCAUAUCGAACUUUGUACCUUGGAAGGAACGUAUACAUAUCCCAGCCAUUUCAUAUGGGCCACACUUGUCACUGUCCGUACGGCUACAAUAGAUACGACCUUUGUACUACGCCAGUUGACCUUUGUGACCCCUCCCCAUGUUAUUUCGGGGGUGUAUGUACAGACAAUGUGCUGGACUAUCACUGCGAGUGCCCUCCUGAAACAAUCGGCAAGAACUGCUCUGUUGUCUGUCCCUCACUGUCAUGUGACCUGUGUCAGCCCACCCCCUGUCUGUACGAGGGCGUGUGUACGAUACGAGACCGAGACCCCGCCCACUACAAGUGCAACAAUUGCCCGUGGGGCUCGGUAUUCAGUGGUCCAAAUUGCGAACUAAAUACACUCAGUUUUUCUCAAGGAAGUUUCGUUGCAUUUCCCAAACUUCAAUUCUCAGCGAAUGUGAAAUUUUCUCUCAAAUUUGCAACAGUUUCUCCGAAUGUUCUGCUCUUGUAUAGUGGACGGGAUUCUGGUCGUCAUGACUACAUCAGCGUCGAGCUCGUGAUUGGUCAGAUUAGAGUGGGGGUGUCGUACGGUGAUUCGCCUACCAUAGUGCGUACCGAGUCUCCAUGGCAACUGAACGAUGGGGAGUGGCACAGUGUGGAGGUGGAGUUAAGAGGGGGUGUGCUGAGCGUGUUUGUAAGUGGGUGUGGUCAAGGGGCUCUGGAGGGAGCCGAAUACUACUGCCAACUAACAACUAGACUAUCUGGAGAUAGCCGGACACUGGAUUUGACCACACCCCUCUAUAUCGGAGGUUUGGAACCGCACAUACAGAGGUCAGAGUUCAUCUCAAGUACGUCGUACAUUGGUUGCCUUGCCAACGUAGUCGUGGGGGGUCGUCUGCUGGAUUUUAAUGCCCCCCUGCGAUCAGAGGGGGUUGAAAUUGGUUGCCCCCCACUCAACGAUAAAUGUUCAAGAUCUCAGUGCUCCAGUGGAGAUUGUGUGGGCGUGUGGAAUGGGACAGUGUGCAGCUGUGGGGACGAAUCACCUCUCUGUGAAGAUGGUGGGUCUGUGCAGCUGCUCCCUGGGUUCAUACACAUUGCCCUCACUUCUCCCACAUCUCUUACACAUCUCUCGCUCGUCUUCCGCACUCGUUCAUCCCACGCCCUCCUGGUUCAGCUGGGGUCACUGGGGUCACUGGAGGUGGUCCAGGGUAGUGUGGGGUUCCGUAGAUCACAUGAUAGUCAGGUGAUGCUAACAGCGCUCACCAUUGUCGUGGAUGGCUACGUCAACGAUGGUCACUGGCAUCACGUCCGUCUCUCUAUGACUGCCACUCAAACUAAACUAUCUGUGGAUGAUGGGCGUGUCAUGACAUCACUACCAGAGGGCGGAGCACUUCCCACACAAACCAUCACGCUGGGCGCAGAGUCACCUGACGUAUCAAGCUCUCGUUUCAUUGGCUGCUUGGGAGAGCUCACACUAAACAACAAGAGAAUCGACCUCGCUGAGGCACUAACGACCCCCUCGGCAAGUUAUAUAGUAACACAUGGAGGCGUAUCCAGUGGGUGUGGCUCCGGAGAUCCCUGCUCUGACCUGCAAUGUCCCGAUCACAGCACUUGUGUGGCUGCAUGGAGAGACCGCUCAUGUGUGUGCAAUACAGCCAACAAUUAUCGUACAGUGGGUGGAGCUUGUGUUAACCCCUGUGACCCCAACCCCUGUCUUAACGAGGGGUCUUGUACAGUCCCUCCGCUAACGAGCUCUGCAUUGUUCCAGUGUAACUGUCGCUCUCCGAACACUGGUGCCGUGUGUGAGGGUAGUGGGAGGUGUGAGGCUGGUUACCACGGUGAUCAGUGUCGGCGGUGUAUUUGUGAUCCUAGUGGAGUGAGUGAGGGAGUGUGUGAUAGCGUGUCCGGGAGCUGCUCGUGUGAGGUUGGUGGUGACUACUAUAGUCGAUUAGGAGACCUCGGGUGCAAGUCAUGUGAUUGUCAUGUGAUGGGUUCAGUGUCCUCAUCCUGUCACCCUGACAACGGGCAGUGCUCGUGUAGAUCCAAUGUGAUUGGACGGAGGUGUGAGCGUUGUGCCGCUGGCUAUGCUGGCUUGGAUGAGUCAGGUUGCAAAGAGGCCGCUUCUCUGUUGGGGAGUUUCAUAUUGAUGCAGUCGUAUUCUGGUUAUUAUGACAACUCUGAUUCCUCCGAGUACCUUGACCUGACCUCUGAACUAUCUGGGGCACUACAACGAGAGCUAUCGACCUUUGGACUCCCCGGGAGGUUUGAAGCAGCAAUUGCUACUAUUAGUAACACUAGCUCUGGACUAACGGCCGUCGAGUAUCAGAUAUAUAACUACUUUGUUGGUGACCACACCCACAUAUCACGCCCCUCUGUUAAUACCCUCGGCAGUGUCAUGCAGGUCAUAGUUCAAUCUGGGUGGGCGGGGCCUCUGCAGAUUAUCCGAGACACACACACCCUCCCAAGAUCAUGUGAUCUCUUCCCCGUCAUGUGUACGGGAUGUCCGGAGGGAGCCACUCGAGAUGGCAUCAUUUGUAGGCCCAUGGGCUUAUGCUCGGGACAGGACGGUGAUAGAGACGGAGUACCUGAUGAUUGUGAUAACUGUACGUUCACCUUUAACCCUGAUCAAGACUCGUCUCUGUGUGCCCCUGUUGAGGGGGUGUGUCCUGGGGGCGUGGCUUCAGGCCUAACAUGGAGCCCUACCUCUGUGGGCAGUACUGAUCAAAAACCAUGUCUGCUACCCUCAACUGGUUACGCUACUCGUUCCUGUGAAAUGGGCGGAGUCUGGGGAGAAGUGAACACUAUGGGAUGUCUCUCGCUAACAGGACAGCAACUACUGACUCUGGCAACCUCUCUAUUAUCUGGACAACUGCUCUCACUCGGCCAGCUCUCCACUACCCUCACAACUCUCACAGCCCUCACAGACCAGACACGCCCCCUCUCUGGGAGUGACGUGCAGGCGACAGGAAAACUACUCUCACAGCUUGUCAGUGUGUUGCUAGGAUACGACCAUGAACAUGUCAGGAACCUCGUUCAGAAUUGUUCCACGGUGGCUAACAAUCUACUGGCUCCAAAUCUCUCAUCUCAUUGGUCGACUACAGUCCGAGACAUUGGCUUCACGGCUGAAGACUUUCUGUGGACUCUGGAAGAAUUAUUUGCAGUCGGUGGGCGUGUAAUGAUCUCGUUAACAGAGGGGCACCUCACAAUGUCCCCAUUCAGUGGGGAAUCCCCUAAAAUGGUUGCCAUCGGUGAUGAGACGUUGACUGUACAUGUACCACCAGAGUUAUGGGGGCCGAGUACGACCCUAGCAACCAUUAGCAAUCUCGGAGAGUGGUUACCGAGGCUCUUUAACGCCACCACCUCCUUCACCGUGGCAACGCCCCUUCUCUCUGUUCAGUCAAGGGCAAAGGUCACUAAUCUGACCACACCCAUUAACAUGACGUUCCCGUAUCGAUCUCCAUUGACACGUCCUGAGAGGAUUGCCGAUGCUCACUGUGUGUAUUGGGAGUACGGGAGGGGGUGGUCCAAUAGUGGGUGUGGUCUUGUGGCACGUAACCACACCCACACCACUUGCACAUGCUCACAUCUCUCUGUAUUUGCAGUCCUCCUGCCAGAGACCGCCUUCCAACCCCUCCCCUCUCCAAUCGAUGGUCACGCCCCUGAAAUCUUCACCUAUAUUGUACUGAGUCUGGUCUCCAUGGUGAUGCUGGCUUGUUUUGUUGUUUUUGCCUGCCUCCCAUCAGUCCGCACUCUCCAGAGCUGUGUGCACAUGAACCUUCUCCUCUCUAGCAGUCUAUCCUGUCUCUUGUUCAUAGGAGGCAUCAACCGGACAGAGAUAGCCGGUGUGUGUGCGUGUGUGAGUGUGGUGCUCAUGUUCCUGUUGCUCUCGUGUCUCAGUUGGAUGGUGGCCGACGCCCUCAUCAUAGCACGCUUCCUCAUCACACCUCCACCACGGACUAACUUCAUUGUCUACCUCGUUAUUGUCGGCUGGCUGUUUCCAAUGUGCCUGUGUGGUAUUCCACUGGGAGCAGUUGGUAUCAUUAGUCACUCGUUCAUACAGGAUAUGGGCUAUCCUAACUUUUGUUGGCUGAGCCCUGGAGUGGUGUAUGCUUUCAUUGUACCUGUUCUUAUCCUAACACCGCUGUAUGCGAUUGGAAUUGUCUUCUCGUUUGUCACGCUUUCAAACUCGAGCAAGGAUGAGCAAGUUACAGGUUUUGCGGUGCCUACAAACAAGCGGAAAGUCCGGAUAGCGUUGUUGGUCUCCAUAGUGACCAUGCUCCUCGUCAUGGCAACGUGGACGUUGGGCCUCCUCUCUGUGUAUGUGGAGAAGAGAUUGGAGUAUCCAUUUGCCGUACUCCAAGCUGUGCUGUGUGUGUUCCUGCUUCUAGUGCACUGCUGUAACAGCCAGGUUAGGGAGGCUAUAAAGGACAAACUACAUGCGUACGGCAAGUCUGUCGCCCCCUCAGUGGAGGCCACCAGCACUGUAGACACUACCAGCACUGUAGACCCGGCCUCCUCCAAAGCUGCCGUCAGUCAUCCUCCUAGGACUGAGCAACGACUGACUGGAAUAUAUGCCGAGCUGGAGGUGGUCACCAUGGCAACAACACGCCCACGUAACCUACGGCGACAACGAACCCCCUACACAAUGACCCUCCCCAACCCACUCCUUACACCACACACACAAUCAACACCAAAAAUAAAAACGGACGAUGUUGAUUGGUUCAAAAUACCGGAUCCGAUCCCGCUAUCACCUUUGACCUUUAGCAGCGAACAUGAAGAUAAGUUACUUGACAGAGGGGAGCCUAUCUACAGUCAAAUACUCAAGCCAUGUGUUAGCAAAGCUUCUACAGAUAUCGAUCACGUUCCGUCGCCGAGCUUGACAGAAGUGUACCAAGAGGGGCGUGGCAUGAGAGAGGAUUCCCCCAACACACGAGGGGAUUCCCCUGCAAGCUACUUGGAGGCGGAGCCGAUAUCUCUGCAGAGGGUACGACGAGAGGACCCCCUGUGGUACAGACAACGUGACUCCGCUAGCGUAGAAGUCGACCCCCUCCCGUACGAGACUGCCGUCCAAGCAACUACGCCUACCAUUGCUAAGCAACGAUUCGAGGCUACUAAACUUGUCAGCAGAAGUGGUGAAUCAAGUCCAGCAUCUCAACGGCCCACACCACCCUCACAAAGUCCACAACUGUCACUAGCCUCACACUCUUCACACAAGAGCUCUCGAACAACGCCAACUAAUUCUCCUCAGUUUAUUCCAUCGUCACGAAAACGGUCUGCUGCUGGCAAUGAGUCGCUGCUCCUUCAUCCACGUCUCUCUGAUCUGACCUCUGAUUUGACCUCCCUCACCACUACACUGAGUGGACUCCCCUCGGCCCUCCAGGUCCAUAUAGCCGGGGGGCAGUACCAUGCCGAUGGUCCCUCCCCCUCAGCCAAGGAGAGCAAAGUAUACAGGCAUGCUGACGGCUCUGAAACUGUGCAAUCACUAGUCUAGUCUGAUGUGCAAAUAUUGCAACUGACUAGUGUUGUGUAUUUUGUGACUGACUAAUAUUGUGUAUCUUGUACAUGUGCUGUGUGUGUGAGUUGUGAUUGAUCUCAUGAUUUGUGUGGUAUAUUAAUAACAGUUU